AUGAUACGACCAGUACCCGAAGGACAAAGUGCGCCUGGCAAUCAAGAAUUAGUGGUUGAUUAUUUUGAAGUAAUUGGACAUUCACCACCUGGUGGUACUGACACCUUAGUUAACAAGGAAUCACAUUCUGAUGUUCAACUUGAUUAUCGACAUAUAUUGAUACGUGGAGAAAAAACAUCGAAAAUUUUACGACUUCGUUCGAUUGUUACACAAUGUUUUCGUCAACAUUUUUUUGAUCGAAGCUAUUAUGAAACAUUUCCGCCCACAUUAGUACAAACUCAAGUUGAAGGUGGUUCAACUUUAUUUUCAUUAAAUUAUUUCGGAGAAUCAGCUUAUUUAACACAAUCAUCACAAUUAUAUCUUGAAACAGCUUGUCCUGCUUUGGGUGAUGUCUUUUGUAUUGCACAAUCAUAUCGAGCUGAACAAUCACGUACACGUCGUCAUUUAGCCGAAUAUACACAUAUUGAAGUUGAAUGUCCAUUUAUUUCAUACAAUGAUUUACUUGAUCGAAUCGAAGAAUUAAUUGUUGAUGUUGUUGAUCGUCUAUUGAAACAUCCUGAAGUUCAUUUGUUACAUGAACUCAAUCCAAACUUUCAACCACCAAAAAAACCAUUUAAACGUAUGAACUAUAGUGAUGGUAUUGAAUGGCUUAAAGAAAAUGGUAUUAAAAAUGAAGAAACUGGUAAAGUUUAUGAAUUCGGCGAAGAUAUACCUGAAUUACCUGAACGAAAAAUGACGGAUACUAUUAAUGAACCCAUAUUGUUUUGUCGAUUUCCGGCUGAAAUUAAAUCAUUCUAUAUGCAACGAGAUUCGAAUGAUAAUCGUUUAACUGAAUCGGUCGAUCUAUUGGUACCUGGUGUUGGUGAAAUUGUUGGUGGCAGUAUGAGAAUGACAAAUUUGGAAGAUUUAUCUGAAAGUUUUCGUAAAAAUGGUCUUUCACCUGAACCAUACUAUUGGUAUUUAGAUCAACGUAAAUAUGGUACAUUUCCUCAUGGUGGCUAUGGUCUUGGUUUUGAUCGUUUCAUGACUUGGAUUACCAACGUACAUCACAUACGUGAUGUUUGUCUUUAUCCACGUUUCAUUGGCCGAUGUCGCCCAUGA